UCGGUCUGCGAAAAAAGUUCCAAGUGUCAAACGCAUUCUGAACGCGGAGGUUUCCAAUUUUGUAAAAAGUUUUCUUAUUUCGUAAUAAAUCGUGCUAAACGAGGUUUUAUAAAGUUUAUUCAUUAGUUUCAGCUAUUGGUAAGGUCGCUUGGAAAAAAGUUUGCUCCAAGCCUAUCAAUCAAAACAAGGAAGCGCUAGGCGAAAACUGGAUUAGCAGGUCAAACACAACCAAAAGAAGAGUUUCGUUUUCCCACUUGUUUGGUUUUUCUCCACACAAUGACCAACCAGUUCGUGAGUCCGCUCUCGAUAGCGGUCAUCUGUUCCUCGAACAUGAACCGGUCGAUGGAAGCGCACGGUUUCCUGGCCAAGAAGCGCUUUAAGGUGCGCUCCUUCGGGACCGGCGAUAAAGUGAAGCUUCCGGGAACGGCAGCCGACAAGCCGAACAUCUACGAGUUCGGCACCAGCUACGACGAGAUAUUCCAGGACCUCGCCAGCAAGGACAAACAAUACUACACACAAAACGGUCUGCUGCACAUGUUGGACCGAAACAGGCGGAUCAAAUCUAGCCCUGAGAAGUUCCAAUUCUGCACCGAACGAUUCGAUGUGCUGGUCACAUGCGAGGAACGUGUCUACGAUCAGGUGAUAGAAUUCAUGGAAUCGAAAACGCCGACCUACAAUCUGCCGGUGCACGUGAUCAACAUCGACAUUCAGGAUAACCACGAGGAGGCCACCGUUGGGGCGUUCAUGAUCUGUGAUCUGAUAACGAUGAUGGCCCAAAGCGAGGACCUGGACAACGACAUCGACGAACUGCUGCACGAUUUCGAGAGCAAAUGCCAACGGAGCGCAUUACACUGCGUACUAUUCUACUAAGUAGCUCUUCACGAACCUAAUGGGAACACAAAAAAAAAAACAAAAGAAAAUUGCACUUGAACUACUACUAUAGGUAUCCAGAGCGUCGUCAUUUUGGUUUGACAACUUUUGCUAUAAUAGAAAUAUUUGUUAGGUAUGUCUGUGUCCAAAAAAAAACUUAAGUUGAUAACUAGCGACAGAAAGAAGCUUAAAAAUAAGGACCCACAUUGUGCAGCCGAGAACCUACUGAGUGGGAUAACUCUUGAAAGUUGAUCUGGACGAUAUUUUUUUAAGAAAAUCAACCAAACAGUAAAAUAGGCCCAACAAAUUUAACAUUUGCAUAACCAUCAACCUACUUUGAGGAGGGAUCGAUUUGAACUAGGGUGUAACAUAAAAUCACAGCAAAGGGAUUUCGUUUCUCAAAGCGUCACAAUAAGGUGGUAAAAAACACAAAAACCUUCACUGGUGAUUUUGAUAAUUGUAAAAACUAUAUGAAGCAAAUAUAUUUAAAAGAAAAAUAUAAUCAGAAGGUGUA